UCCCUUAAAAACAUCCGGUCUGAACUUCGCAGCGGUGAUAGCGAGCAACUUUACUCAAAAACAGAGCUGAUGAGCAGAACAACUUAACACUUCCUAGCAAGUUUACACGUCGUAUCUCAGUAUCAAACGUCUCCGCAACACGACGGCGUCUGCGUCCAUCCGUCCAUGGAGCCGGUUGUGCUGAAUACCGAUGUGAGGCAGCGCGACGCAGACCGCUCCGUGGUUGUUGCUGUAAGUUCGCACGCCAUCUUUGAGUCAGUCACUGUGGAUGAACCGACUGAAGACGUUUAUGGAGAAGGAGUUUGCUUCCCAUUUAUGCAGGCAUUACAGAGAGUCAACGAGAGGCUGUUGGAGAGAGAUCCAGAGGAAACGUUGCUGUUUGAUGUCAUCCUGCUUUGUAAAGACAGCGAAGAGCGUCGCGCCCGCGUCAUAGCCAGCACCAAACAUUACGGUCUGGAAAUCAGCAGGUUCUGUUUCUGUAGUGAGGAGGACUCCAUGGAGAUUUUACUGUCAAAUAAGGUCCAGCUUUUCCUGUCGACAGACAAAACUGAGGUCUCGAAGGCCUUAGAAAGAGGCGUGGCAGCUGCGAUGCUGUACCAGCAGACAGAGCAACAGUCCUCAGAGCAACUCAAGCUGCUGUUCUCAGGAGACAUAAUCGGCCCUCCUUCUGACUCCAAUCCCAGCCAGGACUCAGUUCGGGAGUUUGUCCAUCUACUGGGUGAGAUGAGGAGCAAGUUUGGCGUGUAUAACAGCCCUCUCAACACCGGCUUGUUAACGGUGUGGGGAUCCAGGGAUACAUGCGCUGGGGCCCUGAAGACACUGCGGGCCUGGGGCCUUGCCGUGGACGAGGCCUACUCCCUAGCUGGAGCCCCCCGGGGCCCCAUCAUCUCCCUGCUCAAACCUCAUGUCAUAUUCACUGAUGACCUGUAUGCAAGCAGCCCAGCUUCCAUCCAAGAGGAGUGAUGUCAUGUUUUGUUUUGUUUUUUAAUUUGUCUGGUUUUCUGUUACUUGAAUUGCCUGCAUGCGCACACAAGUAGUCUGUUGCUGGGUCAAAAAGCCAAAUAUUAGACAGAAAUCCAAAACAAUGUAAAUAAAUGGUGAGGUUUUUAUAUCUGUUCAACAUACUGCCUACCUUAUUUUUUUUUUAACCCAGGUAAUCUGUGAUAUCAGUCAUUAUUCACAACCGUGCUUCUUUCUCCUAAUUUUCUUUAGUUUUCUAUUUAGAUGCAGUCGCUUUUGUGGCACAAGUUUCCCACGGCGGUGUUGGUGCUGAGUUUUUGUUGAUUUUGUUGACGUGAAGCUGGAGAAAUGUAACACGUAAACGGCAUGUAUGCCUUGUGGCAGGCUCCGGCUCGGAGGCAGUACGCAGUGUGUCCAGCAGGAGGCAGCAUGUGAACAUGUGAUCGCAUGAGCGCGUGCUCUGAGUGGUUUUUGUAAAGCCAGUGCCUUUCAAUGUUUAACACGACCUUUUUAGCUUUCCUCCACCCUUCCAUCUCCAACACUUUCAUGACUGUGGAGGCUAACAGAUGAUUUUGUAACCAUAUCAUGGAGAUCAAUGCUUUUUUGUGUUAUUGUGUGCCUUUUCAUUUACAGAAAUCAUUGUUGCGUUAUUAAUAGCCUACUCACAUUACCUCAUAAAAAGGUUAAACGUAGCUACCUACCAUAACUUUUCUUAAUAGGUUAGUUUUGCCCAUGUUGCAUACCUGUAAAGAUGUAAAGUGAUUUAUAACAUCUAUGCACAAUGAUCUUAAUGAACUGUAAUCCAUUUUAGAUGGUGACAUCUAUAAUCGAGGCAUCUCUUGUUUCCAGCUUUGUCAGGUGAACACUGGUUUGAUUUCAGUCAUCUGGAGGAGGACUGAAAUGGUGGAGAUUGUGGUGUUACUGUAACUUUCAGCGCUCCCCCAUGCUCCUUGCCAGGUCUUUUCAACUUCCCUCCAACCUUCAUCAGUUAAUGACAGUGGUAGAUGUAAUAGAUGAUUUAUUAAUCAUAUCAUAGAAAUCAUGGCCUUCUGCGUGUUGUGUGGAAUUGAUCUUUUAAAGAGAAACGUUGUGUUAUUAAUGGCCAACUCACAUUACACCUAAAAAAAAAAGAUGCUCUGUGGUUAGUCACUGAAAUUCAUUCUCUGCAUUCAACCCAUCUCUAUACGCACACUAGAAACAGUAAGCAGCACUAAGAGCAGUAAAUAAAAUCAUGUUACUACCAUUGUCUUAUAUUUCCAGUGAUGUAAAGUGGUUUAUAACUGCUACGCACAAAAACGUUGAAGUUGUGUUUCUUUUUGAAUGGUGACCUCUGUGAUAGAGACGGCCCUUGUGUGCAGCUUUGUCAGGUUGAGAAAGAUGUGAUUUAAGUUAACUGGUGGAUGAAUGAGGCGGUGGAGAUUGUGGUGUCAUUGUAGGUUUCAGUGCUCUUAAGCUUUAUUUGGUAAAAAAAAAAAACAUU